AUGAAGACGUUCGCUCUCUUCUGGCUACUGCCCAAGCUUAGUUUGUGCCAAACUACUACCACUGCUGCACUUAGCCCAUGGCAAACCGGCGUGGUCACUAUUGAUGGUACUUGUGGAGGGGUUGAAAAUUUCGUUUGCUCUCCUACGUGGGGAGCUUGCUGUAGCAAAGAUGGUAUCUGCGGUCGCUCAAGUAAAUUUUGUGAUGUUGGCUGUCAGCCCGCAUACGGCAACUGUUUGGUACCUGAACCUGCGCCACCAACACCUCCCGGUCCAGGAUCCAUUUCUCCCGAUGGAUCAUGUUCUGGGAUAAACAAGUACAACUGUACCGGUUACGUAGGAGGAAGCUGUUGUUCUGCUAGUAACUUUUGCGGGGAUAGCGCAGCUCACUGCGGAGGAGGAUGCCAAUCUGGAUUUGGAAACUGCACGACUACUGACACCAAUAUUUCCACUGACGGAUCUUGCGGUUCCAAUCAAAAGUCAUGCAAAGGUAGUGGCUUAGGGGCUUGCUGCAGUGUUGCCAACUACUGUGGUGAUACCGCUGGCCAUUGUGGGUCUGGAUGCCAGCCUGGCUUUGGAAAUUGCACUACUCUCCCAAACAACAUUUCUACUGAUGGAGCAUGUGGUAAAAAUGGCAAGAUAUGUACUGGUAGUAGCUACGGAGCAUGUCAAUCUAGUUUCGGAAACUGCACCGGUAGUGCAGAUAUCUCCACAGACGGCUCUUGUGGCAAGAAUGGCAAGAAAUGUACCGGAUCAUCUUAUGGAACUUGCUGCUCUGCAAGCGGAUUCUGUGGAACUACAGAUGCCUUCUGUAGUAGCGCCUCUGGAUGUCAAUCAGGCUUUGGUACGUGCUCUGGAGCUACUGAUGUAUCAACUGAUGGAGCUUGCGGAACCAAGAACGGCAAGAAAUGUUCUGGGUCAAACUUCGGUGCUUGCUGUUCCGCCAGUGGAUUCUGUGGUGCCGGUACAGCCUUCUGCGAUUCCUCUUCAGGAUGUCAAGCCGGUUUCGGAAACUGUACGGUGGCCUCUGGAGUUUCCACUGACGGUGCAUGUGGUGGAACAGGCAAAAGGUCCUGUAAAGGUUCAGCCUUCGGAGAUUGUUGUUCGAAAAGCGGAUUUUGCGGAGCUACCUCUACAUUCUGUGACGCUGCUCAAGGAUGUCAAGCUGGUUUCGGCAGCUGUACUGCUUCUACGAGUAAUAUCUCGACCGACGGAUCAUGCGGAAAGAAUGGAAAGACGUGCAAGGGUUCUACAUAUGGUGACUGUUGCUCAACAUCUGGAUUCUGCGGCACAGGUGAUGCUUUCUGCUCAGCAGCUCAAGGUUGUCAAGCAAACUUUGGUACAUGCACCGGUUCAGACAACAUUAGUACCGAUGGAUCCUGCGGAAAAAACGGAAAGACGUGCAAGGGUUCAACUUAUGGCGACUGUUGCUCCGCCAGCGGCUUCUGCGGCAUAGGUGAUAAUUUCUGUGCGGCUGCUCAAGGGUGUAACGCUGAAUUUGGAACAUGUCUUGGGCCGAACAAUGUUUCCACAGACGGCGCAUGUGGUAAAAAUGGAAAGACGUGUAAGGGGUCGACCUUCGGCGAAGUAAAGAUCUUUCUCUUUGUUAUCUUCUUGAACCUGGAUCGUCCUAUGCUGGCUCUAGAUGUUGCUCAGUGCAGAAUUUUUGUGGAGCAACAACUGAUCACUGCAGUGCUGGCUGCCAAAGUGCCUUCGGCACCUGUAACGCUGGAUCGGGAAGCAUUUCUACAGACGGCAGUUGUGGCAAGAACGGGAAGACAUGCAAAGGAAGCAAGCCAGGAGAUUGUUGUAGUGCCAGCGGCUUUUGUGGUACGGGGAAGGAUUUCUGUGACGCCGGAUGUCAAACCAACUUCGGACUUUGUUCUGGGAGUAUCUCAACUGAUGGUGCCUGCGGAAAGAACGGGAAGACGUGUAGAGGGAGUGCUAAAGGAGAUUGCUGUUCUUCCUCUGGUUUUUGGUUCGUCCAUCCCCCCCAAAUUUAUCUCUGGCGGUACUGGAAAAGAUUUCUGCGACGCCGGCUGUCAGUCCGCGUUCGGCACAUGUUCUACAGCUUCUUCUACCAUUUCUACAGAUGGUGUUUGUGGAACCAAGAACUCGAAAACGUGUGUAGGAAGUACCUUUGGAAACUGCUGUUCUACAACCGGAUCCUGUGGGAGCACCACCGCACAUUGCGGUGUCGGAUGCCAGAAAGGAUCUUCAAGCGCUUGUCUUACAACUAACAUCCCUACCGUCGAUGGAUCAUGUGGCUCCAAGAGCAAUGGGUUGACCUGCGCUGGAGGCGACUUUAACGGACAAUGCUGUAGCGAGUUUGGUUAUUGCGGCGCAACGGCUACACAUUGCGGAACCGGAUGCCAGAAGGGGUUCGGAAAGUGUACCUGA